AUGUGUCAGUGGAGCUGGGGCAAAUGGGUAGUUGAGAUCCGCGAGCCGCGUAAGUGUACUCGCAAGUGGCUGGGGACCUUUGCCACUGCCGAUGAUGCUGCCUGCGCCUAUGGCCAAGCCGCCAUCAUCCUCUAUGGUUCCAGGGCACAGCUCAACUUCCAGCCCUCCGAUUGCAGAUUGCACUUGCCUAGAGAGAGAGGAGAGAGAAAGUGGUGGAGGAAGGUUGGGGGGAUGGGUGGGGAAACGUUUGGUGGCUCGGAGGAGGAGGAUUUGGUGCAGAAGAUGUGGGUGAGAGAUGGGUUCAGAUCAUGA